AUGCAGUGCAACGGAUGGACUGCAGUUGUCAUGGUGAUGGCGGCGAUGCUACUGACCUCCGCCAAGGGAGAGCAACAGGAGUUCAACCCACUCGAGGACGACCUUCUCUUGCCAUCGGAGAGUCACCAAGUCUCAGUCGUGGUCAAGGACGACCUCCAAGCUUCUGCUACAGGAUAUGGAGGACACGGAGGAGGGAAUUACUACAAAGGGUAUGGCGGUGGCAGCUCCUACAAGGGGAACCGAGGCCACGGAGGAUCCCAUAGCAAUGCAGAAGGCGUCGGCGGCCAGCGGAGACACCACGCGAACAAGGGCCACAAGGGCAGCCGCUACGGCGACCACGGAAAGGCGCAGUAUAGUAGCAGGAGCCAAGAAUCGGGAUUUGCCCCCUGGUGUCCUGUAGCCACCGCUGACCAUGGUUCGGCUCUCCCGCCUACCACUGCUUCGGGAUCAGACUGUCACCCGCUAGAACAAGAUCACCACCACGACCAAGGGACGUCUUCCAAAGGCAGCGACGACAGGCAGAUCUACGCCGGCGACGCCCACGGCGGUGUCAAGGGCGGUCAAAAUCACCACAAAGGCUCCAAGGGGCACCACGACAAAGGUCACAAGGAUGAGGGGUUCAAGAACGUCUACCACAAGGAGGAAUACAGCCACAGCCAGGACUUCUACGACGACAACGACGACAAGAAAUACCACAGUAACUUCGACGACUUCGACAGAUACUUCGAUGCUCACAGAGGCAACGACUACAAGGGAGGCCACUACAAGGGCGGACACAACCACGACGCAUAUGGCCACAAGGGACACCAGCAGACGGCCAAACACCACGACGACCACGCUGACCAUGAUGGCCACUACGGCGACGAGGCUCUUUCAGGCCAUAAGAGUUUCCAUGGACAACACGGAGGCCACGAGGCUCAGCAUGGACACGGUGGCCACGAAGGAGGAUUCGGCCAUAGUGGACACGUUGGUAAAUUCAUCCACGGUAGACACGGCGGUGGAUAUGGCCAUAUAGGACACGGUGGAGGCUUCCACGGCCUCCCCCAUCGCGCUCCGACUGUCCUCCGAGCAGCGCCCAGAAGCCUCGGGUCCUUCGGCAGCUUCGGAAGAACCGGUCAUGCAGAGUUUGGCCAUGCAGGCUUUGGUCAUGCAGGAUAUUGAGGCCUUCGAUACCCACGCUCAAACCCGGACGAAAGCUGAUGCGGGUUGUGCGGA